AACCACUAGCCACCAGUCUAUUUUAAAAAUUUCCAGAUUAGAGGCUUCGCUUUGCUUUUCCCUGCGCCUAUCCGCUGUAGAGGCAUAGAGUGGUGGUCGGUUCUGUUAGAUAGCUAUAGCGGCACUGCCGCUGCCGGCUGCCGCUGCUCCUGUGCUCUCCGCCGUGUAGUGAUCUUAUUCCGUUCGCCGUCGUGCGCGGUGCUCGUCGCUGGUCUUCCAUAACAUCAUAUCCCGUUUCCCGCGCCGGAAUCCUCGAUAUGGAGCGCCUCGUUAUCAGCUCAUACGCGCUACCAUGCAAUGCAGCCGCUGCCAACCUUUCGACUCCUGUUCUUGCAUCUAAUACCGUCGACGGCGCUUCUUCGCGGAACGUUCGUCCGGCAUCUGCCAUCCAACGUCAUCACUCCCCUAUGCCACGUGUGCCCGCCAACCGAACGCCAGGACGCAGCUUGGGUGACGUCCGCGUCUUCGCUGGCCAACUCUCCGCGGCACGGUUUGUCUCUUCAUCUCUACAUUCCAACUCCAGCCGUCGCGUACACUGUAACGCGUCUGCUGGUAGCGCGGAUGGAACCGGGUCCAGCGACGACAAAGGGGAGGAGGAGGAGGGAGGGGAGGCGGGGGGAAAUGGAGAACAGGGGAAGACAGACAAGAGAGCAGAUGAUGCUGUACCGAGUGAGCGCAAGGACAAAAGCGAGGAGGCUAUUUCCGAGGAUCUUGUUAGCGAGGAUGAAAACGCGGACAUCGUGAGCAGCCUGGGCGAUUGGCGGGAGUUCCGCGCGCGCCUGAUCCGCGGGGAGGUCGGAGUAGCGGGGGAAGAGCCCGGUGCAUCUGGAUCCACGGACGGUGGAGAUGCUUUGACAGGCAGCACAUCAACGGCUGGAGAUCUGCCAGGCUUGGAGGAUGUAGCUGAAGCAGGAGCAGGAGCAUCAGCAGCAGCAGGGGGGGGAGCAGGAGGGGCGGCAGAAGGAGAUGAGAGACGAGGCACUGUGCCCUCCCCACUCUCUCCCUCCUCCUCUCCUUCCUCCUCCUCCUCCCUCCCUAAGUCCUGGGCUCACCCCAUAGCAGUUCCCGAGACUGGGUGUGUGCUUCUGGCGCAUCCCAAGGCGUUUGGCGUGUCUCAGCAGUAUUUCAACCGCGCUGUCAUCUUCCUGCUCAUGCACGGUCCCCAAGGCACAGCAGGCGUGAUUCUUAACAGACCCUCGCAGUACACGCUCGGGCAGCUUGCAGGUUUCGAGGAGCUCAUGCCGGAAUUUUCCGCCUGCCCGCUGUACCUGGGCGGGGACGUGGGGUCAACGUCCACGCACUGCCUGCACGGGGUGGCGGACCUAGUGGGGGGGGAGGGGGGCGCGAGAGAGGUGUGUCCGGGGGUGUAUGUUGGCGGGUACUCGAGAAUCAAGGAGCAUGUGGGCAGUGGGAAGAGCAACAGCAUGGACUACCGAUGGUUCGCCAGAUAUGCAGGCUGGGCACCGGGGCAGUUGGAGCGAGAGGUGGCAGCUGGGGUCUGGUACCUGGGUGCUUGCUCCCCGGACCUUAUUCUGCGGCACUCCUUGAGAGAAUCGGAUACUGUAGAGAGCAACAGCGACAGUAGCAGUAGCGAGAUUGACAAUAUUGAGGCAGCAGGGGCGGAUCCUCAGAGCAGCAGCAGCACGGCAGGUGGUGAGGGUGGGGGGAGGAGAGGGGGAGGGGUGGGUGUGAGUGGGAACACUGUGUUGUGGCGGGAGGUGAUGGAGUUGAUGGGUGGCGAUUUUGCUCUCUUGUGUAAGCAGGCUGAUGGAGAGUUGUAGGCUGGGAUUGUUGCUGAACAAUACUGGGAUUUUGAGCAGUUGGUGUUCGUUACGUGACCCAAAUACCAGUACAUGAAACCUUAGAUCGUGUCCAGAGUGCAA